AUGCAAAGUCAUCAUAUUCGUGAUUUCCAAAUUCUCAAAACAAUAGGUAUUUCCCAAUUAGGAACUGGCACUUUUGCAAGAGUAGUAAUAGCUAGAUUAAAAAACCAAAAGCAAGGGACCUACUAUGCAAUUAAAAUGAUAAACAAAGAAGUUUUAGCAAAAUUGAAACAAGUUGAGCAUGCAAAGUGCGAAAAACGGGUGCUCAUGUCUCUUGAUAACCCUUUUAUUCUUAAAGUGUAAAAAAAAUUCAGAUUCAGCUCAUUCCAAGACAAUGCAUGCCUGUAUUUAGUGAUGGAAUAUAUUGCAGGAGGAGAGCUCUUUACGCGUUUAAGAUUAUGACAUCAUUUCCCAAAUGAUGUCGCUUUAUUUUAUGCUACUGAAAUUUUGCUUGCAAUUGAGUAUAGAAUUUCCUAUAGAUGGCGCUGCUUGCCUUUGAUUUGCCCACUGGGGAAAUUUUUUGGUUCCACCAGCACCAUAUGGUUUGGUCAAACCAAAAAAAUUUUCCCAUGGGCAAAAUCAAGGGCAAACAGCGCCAUCUAUGGGAAAUUUCUAUACAUUCACUCGAACAACAUUAUUUACCGAGAUUUAAAGCCUGAAAACCUGCUGAUCGAUCAUACAGGACACAUAAAAAUUGCAGAUUUCGGAUUCUGCAAACAUAUUUCACAAGGAGAAAGGACUUUUACACUAUGCGGAACACCAGAAUACCUAGCACCAGAAAUAAUAAAAUCAAUUGGCCAUUCAAAGCCAGUCGAUUGAUGGGCGUUUGGGAUUUUGGUUUAUGAAAUGCUUGUAGGGCAUCCACCGUUUUUUGAUAAUAAUCCUUAUAAAAUUUACAAAAAAAUCGUAAAAGGAGAGUUUGAAAUGCCAGAAGAGGUUCCACAUGCAGCAGCAAAAUUAAUUUCAAGACUUUUAGUAAUAGAGCAGGAAAAUCGUUUAGGAAGUGUAAGGGGGAGUAUUGAUAUUAAAGCAGCUAAAUGAUUUAGAGGAGUUGACUGAGGAAUGGUUUGCCAAAGAGAAAUUAGGGCACCUUGGAUACCUAACUUAAGCGGGCCUGGGGACACUUCAUCUUUUGCAAAUUAUCCAGAUGACGACACAUUUUUUCAGCCAGCAUCAGCAUCAGUUAAUGAAUUAUUCAGAGAUUUUUAA